AUGGCCAAUAUCGACGUUCUGCACCUGCCGGAGGAAAUCAAAAAGGCGGACGGGGCCAGUGGCUCUGCUGGGCUGGACGAGGGUGCUGAGCCCAAGUCGGACAUCACUAUCGCUCCAGAAGCCUCGGAUGACCAGGGCGUGGCAAGCCCUGCAUCUGCAUCAUCUCCUGCGUCGGCGCUGACGCCGCUAAGAGCAAGUCCGGCGAAUGGCCAGUCCUCGUCGUCCAGCACCGCUCCAACUUUGACGGUGCCUCAUCCCAAGAAGUUUACUUCUAGCAAUAUCAACAGGAAAUUCUUGGAGAAGACAUCAUCUACCUCCCCUUCAGGUCAGACACUAUCCGCCUCUGUGACAGCGAAAAUUGGAAGUUCAAUCCAAAAGCCCCCGUCGCAAGCCGCCCCCACUCACUCUCGCCUAGUGACCGCUAAGUUAACUGCGACUCCGCAGUCGUCUAGUACGACGCCAGGAUGGUCCAGACCACCGUCUUCGGUUUCCUCGGUUGCCCCUACUCCCUCAGCUGCAGCCAAUUCAAAGCCUCAACCUAUCCAGUCUUCAUCCAUUUCCCCUCAGCCUACUCUUGGUAAGGUCAUACAGCCGCAACCACGAGGAGCGUCCGAGGCAUUUGCAGGAGUCGUCAAGAAGGAAAGUUCAGGGAAACCUGUGUGGGGAAAUGCGAGGGGUACUGCAGCAGUUGUGGCGAAGUUGGAUGCGGUUGCGAAUGACUUCCCCACAGCGGCGGAAGCCGCGCAAGGCCGAGCUGCCAAGGCUUCCGAGCAAAAACAGGCCACUGAAGCGGCGGCGGCGCAGAAGCAAGCAGUCGCCGCGGAGGAAGACACAUUUCGUGGCGUCCAUCUCGACCCAAAUGCUCACCAUUGGGAUGAGAUGGAGGAAGACGACGAUAAUUUCCUAGAUGGUGUGAUCGAGUUCGACGAUGGGCGGCAGUACAAAGUCCAGCCUAGUGAUGCACCUACGCGAAACUCACCUCCUCACGAUUCAGCCGGAAACCAGGAAGGUCAUGACGUACGUAGCCAGCUCGAACUAUUAGGACCCCCCGAUCACCCUGUGAGUAAGGAAGAGCGGUUUGCAGAUGACUUCGAUAGAAGUUGGCCUCGCUCAAGAGUUGUGACGGGGAUGCCUUACAAUCAGCGCGAACAGCAUGCAAAUGCCACUUCUCCAACAGCCUCUUCAGUGUCAAUGCAUUCGCCACAGGAAAUGUCGCGCGUGCUCUUCAAUGAGAGGUCAAACAGGCUGGAGCCCUACUCGAACUCUCAUGUUCCGCAUCGCCAGGCCAGUUCUGGCCCACCUCCCUUCAUGGCGCGGAGAGGUAGUCGUUCCGACAAGGCCGUCUCGCCAACCGAUCCGAGGGGCGGCCGCGAUGUCCCCCCACACGUGCUUCAGCAAGGUGUUCAGUUGCUGCAGAAGCCGCCCGGUGGCGACCGUCGCUUCGACACCGGGUCUCAUUCGCGAGCCUUCAGAGACCAACAUCAGCCACCAGCAUUGUCUCCUACGGAGAACGCACGGCAUGGCGACCGCGAGCCGAAUGCCUCCUUCCAAUUUCCUCUCUCGCGAACAUCGUCACAAGGGUUCCAAGCACGCAGCAAGGAUCACUACAACCCGUACGGGAUGCCUCAUCUGUCGCCCAUUGGGACUGGUCGCGAUGUCGAAGACCGUCCACGCCGAACGUCGACAAUGGGCCCUCCUCCAUUGCCUCCACCACCGCUGAGAGAAACUGGCAGACAGCUGCCGCCGCAUUUAGGGAAUCAGAGGUCGCCAACGUUUUCAAUGCCUCGUGCCCCGUCGGUCCCAGAGCCCAAAGACGCGAUGCCUUCCGGGCUAACUGCAGAACCGCCUUCAGCAACAGGACCAUCAUUCGCCAUGCCCGUUGCGCAAUCGCCGUUGAGUACGCACGCGUCACUCUCUCCCGCGACUUCGGUAAGAGCGCCACUGCCCAUUGUUGUGGACAUCGAAGAUGUACAUAAGGAGACGAUGUCAAUGGCUGCGGAACGUGCUAAAUUGCGGCGAAAGCAGGAAGAAGAAGAGCGCGAGCGCGACAAGGAGCGCGCUCGCAGGAAAGCGGCCGAGCUUGAGGAAAAGAUGAAGGCACACAGUGAACAGAAGCCUCAGACCGAUGCGCAAAAACCUACCGUCUCAGAAGCGCAGGUGAUUGCUGUCAUCGAAGCAGCUGUGCAGUCCAUACCAUCAGGCAAGCCGACUGAGUCGCCUUCAAACCAGGAUUUCCAGCCGCCCUCUGCCGGCCGGCCUGGGUUUGCUCGCGCACCAUCAACGAAGGGCGCUCCCCGACCGGGCCCCAAUCGACGCACUUCCUUCCUUGCACCUGUUGAGUCGUCGCCCGCAACAGAGGUGGAGUCUUGGCGCAGCAAGGCCCCUCGACCUUCGUCAUCCUCACAUCAAACGCCAGUUGAACCUCCUCGCGCGCCGCCACCUCUAUUACUUGCGGAAAUAGACUCCCUCGACGUGCAAUCUGGCGAAGACCUAGAAGUUGUUGAUUUUGCUGACCUUGGGAGGCUUGUUGGCAUGGAGCACCCACCGCCCGCUGUAGCGCAAGAUGUCAAACCCUUCGUUCGUGCCGCCACAAGACCACCCAGACCUGUGGCUACAGAUUUCUUCGACGACGAUAUAGCUCCUGCCAGUGCACUACCGCAAUCAGCUCGCGGCGAGGAGGGUUCGUGGAGGCGUCGGCCCGAUCGUCUUCCCGAUCAAAGCACAGAUAUCCCUAAGCUCUCACCCAGCGAGGCCACAGGGGAGAAGGCCACAGUGCAGAUCGUGACCUCAGAUCCACCUUCAGCAGAUGUUCUUGCGAUCAGUACAAUUGUGACAGAGUCCUCUCCUUCGAGACAGGACGAGCCAUAUCUGCAGACGAACGGGCACCACACCGGAGCCACUCACAACCACCACGCUCCGUUGCGGUCGCCGCUGGGACCAUCUUUCCGAGAGGCACCAAUGUCUGCUUUAGACGAUACCAUGGCUCGUAUCAAGGGUGCACUCGAUGGCCUGCACCCUAAAGAACCUGCGCCUGCUGCACCUAAGCUUCAGAAGUGGUUACCUCCAGCUCUCAGACAAAAGCAGGUCGACUACGUUACAAGCGUUCCGGGAGAGGUGUUCGACGUGACAAGGUCUCAGCCGCCGAGAUCUCCAAAACCGGUCUGGAACGUUCUCACUGUUAAGCUUCCGGUGCACGAUUCGCGACGUUAUGAGCCCGUUAGCAAGCGGCAGCUUGAUAUCAGUCGACGCCCCAACGCACGCUGGUCGGAAGUGUUUUCAUGGAGCCCUCCUCUCAUGACGACGACACCCGAAGAGCUUCUGUUCCGCAAAUAUUUCCACAAAGGGCGUCCUCCUAAGUACUUCGUUGUCAUCCCACGACCACGACGAGCCCCACACCACAGUGUCUCCGAUGAUGCGCAAGGGCCUGUAGUCAACCUGCCACCAAAGCCGGUUACAAGACAAUCCAGCCAAAGUGAGAAGGUGGACGUACAGACAGGUCCCAGUUGGCGCAGAAUCCAGCAGGCAGAAACACUGGGGAAAGAAAUGAAUGCUGCUCAGUCAUCUUCUGUACUCGACACUUCGACGGUCAACUUCAUUGUUUCAAGUGAAUUGGAAGAUGAACGUUCAGCCGAGGCCAUCAACAAUCCCACCCCAGCGGACGUCAAUCAAGCAGCGAAAGCGACGGGAGAGGCUACCUUCACAAAUGAGACUGCGCCACCUGCAGAAGGUACUGGCCAGUUUCUGCCUGCGUCGACAGAUGGCAAAUUGGACUCCGAAAAGAGUGAUCUUCCGCCCGAGCGAGUGAUCAUAACGCCGCCACCCUCUGCCUCAAUGAGCCCGUGGACGAAGUCGCCUCGAUCAUUCUCUGUCAAGGAAUCGCCAUCACGGCACCCAGAUCCUGAGCACUUGAAGGCUGUCUGGUCGCAUCCAUUGAACAAAGCUGAUUCGUCGUCAAGGAACUCUCUGGAGGGAAUUGCAGACGACUUGGCUGCCGUUCCCUUCACCAUUCAGGAAGUCAAGUCAGAAGAUGGCGAAACACCACCACCAUCCAGUUCUGGUGUGCCGCCGCGAAUGUCGUCAUUUGAAGUCGCCCGUGCUUUCCAGACAGUGCCCUCUCCAUCGCCAUUGGGCGCGCAUCAAGGAGGGUCUACAUUACCUGACAUUGGUUCGGCGCCGCAAAAUGGCGCAUCGCGGCCUACAUUCGCAUAUGCACCGCCGAUGGCAGCUGCAAACAUGCGGCCACCAUAUGGCUAUCCAUCUCCCAUGAUGAGCCAUACACCAAGUCCAACAGUCAUGUAUCCUCACAUGGCGCCAAGUCCGGUGUCGAGACCUAUGGUCAUGAACGGCCCACCUUCGCCGUACGGGCAGCCUGUAUGGGUACCAGUUCCAGGACCACCGUCGCAACCGCCAGGCGCCAUGAUGCGCGCCAUGGCCUCACCUUACCCCGCACAGCUAAUGCCGUACCCCUCGCAUGGUGGGCCGGUACCGAUGUAUGCUGGUAGCCCUGCAGCCGUCCAGGCGUCCCUACCACAACCUUCCAACGCCCCCCAAAAUCGUGCUCCUGGAAUGCCAAUGCUGAGUCCGGUCAUGCAGCCCGCUCAUGCAAACCUUCCCAUGUAUGCCAGUAGUCCCGUCAUGAUGCAUUCCCCCGCUGUUGUACCUGUUCCUCCGAACCACAACUACUCGGGCGUACCAGCCGGCCGUGGGCGCAGAGCGUACGACCAAGCUCACAGCCAUCCGCCCCCACAAUCAGGUAGUUAUGUUGUUGCUCCUAGUACUUAUGGACAUUGGUAGAAUGCUCUGCUGUUCUGUUAUCUUGCUACGCUAUUAUCUGUUAUCAUACCCUGCUCAUGCGGCCUUGUAUACAAUAUUUCACCGCCGCGGUCUCAUCA